AUGCAUGAAGUUGGCAUUCCUUUUCGAGACGAGCUCACAUCUGUCUGUGUUUCUGGAAUAGGAAGCAAGGAGAGCAAGGUCGCCCUCUUUGAGGGCCAAGAUGUCGACAGUCGAGGCCUGGUCGCCGUCAAAGAUGUGAAGGCCGGAGAGAUCCUGCUGCGCGUGCCGGCCCGCCUCGCCAUCACAGACGCUGACAAGGACGGGCCGCCGCCGCCCUACCCGGGGGCGCCUUGGAGCCUGACCCUGGCCUCGCGCCUCCUGUCCCUCAGGGAAGGAGCGGCAGGGAGCGCCUGGGAACCUUACCUGGAGGUGCUCCCGCGCAAUGCCCCCUCCCCCUGGCUGGACGUGACGUGGGAGGCGCUGCAAAUCGUGCAGUACCCCCCCGCCCGGGCUGAACUGGAUCGGCUGGGGUGGAUCGUGCACGAGGGCAUUGCCGCCGCCCGGGCCCAGGGCGCGAGCUGGAGCACGGCCGACUUCCACUGGGCGCUGGGGGCGCAGCUGGUGCAUUCCCGGACGUUUGGCUCUGCUGGAAAGCGGGGAGGGGUGGGCGUCCGCAUGCUGGUUCCCCUUGUAGACAUGAUCAACCACGCCGGGGACGAAACGCCCGAGAGCUGGAGCCCAGGAGCCGAGCCCGUCUCCAGGGACAACGCGAGAUGGGACAUGGUGCCGCAGCUGGGUGGAAGGUGGACCGUCGCAGUGUCUGCCACCCAGGACAUCGCCGCGGGCUCCGAGCUCCUGCUCUCAUACGGCGAACGCAACAACGAUGACUUCCUGCUGCACUACGGCUUUGUCCCGCCCAUGAACCCUCACGACGAUGUCGUGCUGUUUGAGGACGUCACCGAAGCCCUGCAAUGGUGUGCUGCAGAGUUCCAGGCCCCCGAUGCAAGCCUUGACGAGGCAACGGCGGUUCUGGUGUGGGAGGAGGCAGCCGCAGCGGCCACCGAGGUGGCGGGGUCCGUCGACCCCGGCAUCUUACUGCGCAUGCCCGCCGUAGAGGCCGGCGCCGCGGCGCGAGAGGCGGGCCGCCUCCGGCUGCAGGCGCAGGCCAGCGUGGAUGCCCGCUUCCUGGCCGUGGUGGAGACGCUGCAUGCCCGCGGGUGGCGCCCGUGCCCGCCCGAUCAGGGCGUGGCUUCCCUGGAGGCUGCCCUGCAGGUGGCCCUGGCCCGCCGCUGCCGCGAGCUGGCCGGGGCGUUUGACUCCGGGCUGUGCCAGGACCUGGAGCGCCUGGCGGCCAUGCAGGCCGCUGAAGGCGGAGAGCACCCGUGGGCUGCCGCGCUGCGGCACUACCGCGCCCUGGAGGCCCGGGCGGGCGCCCGCUGGGGAGGCAAGCCCACGGCAGACCCCGGCGUCGGCGCCCGCGACACACAGCCCGAGGACACUUCCUGGUCGACCGAGCGGACGGGGCUCCUGGUCCUGCAGUACCAGGCCUACAAGAAGAUGAUCCUGUGGGACGGCCUGUACUGCGACGUCACAGCAUAA